CGUCACCAAGCACGCAAACAAGCGCUCCAAAAGCCACCACGCUUCUCGCCCCCUUUCGCUCGAGAUCAAAUCCCGUCUCCCCAUUGGCCCGAGCGCAAUCGCGGCUCGCCGGCCGGUCGUCCGCUCUCUCAGCCAUUUGGUCGAACGACUUGCGUUCAGUCCUUCUGCUUCGGCUCUUCCAUGGAGCGGGCGGCCGGUUCGGGCGUGGAAGGCGAGGAGAGGGGCGGCGGAGGGAGGAGGCAGAAGGGGAAGGCGCAGCAACAGCAGCUCGCGGUGUCACCGGAAGGAGCACGGGCGGCGUUUGAGGAGGCUGGUCCGGCGUCGCCUCGACCGCUGAAGAAGAUAAGGAGCCCCGAUCGGUUGGGGCACUCUUCGCUGAGGCCGAUCUUUCCGUUCUCUUACGAGGACGCGCAGCCCGUUCCGAGCUCGACGGCGCUGCACCUCUCCGGUACCGGCCAGUUCCUUAAGCAGCAGAUGAUUUCCUUUUCGCAGGGUCGUCCGUUCCCGAUUCGCGGUCAUCUUCCUUCUCCAUUGAUCUCGGCGGACGGAACCGCCACGGCGGCGGCUGCGGGACAGCAACAGCAGAUGCACCAGGAGCAGCUGCUCAACUACUGGAGUGAGGCGCUCAACCUGAGCCCCCGCGGCCACUUGGCGAUUAUGGGCCACUUGGCGGGGCAAGAGGUUGCGGCACAGCGUGCGCCGUCGAUUUACACAGGUCUCUUCCGGGCGGCGCCAAUGUUCUCCUCGCCCGCCCCCGCGCCGGCGAAGCUGUACCGCGGCGUGCGGCAGAGGCACUGGGGCAAAUGGGUGGCGGAGAUCCGCAUGCCGAAGAACCGGACCCGCCUCUGGCUCGGCACCUUCGACACCGCCGAGGACGCCGCCCUCGCGUACGACCGCGAGGCAUUCAAACUCAGGGGCGAGAACGCCCGGCUCAACUUCCCCAACCUCUUCAUCGGCAAGGGUGGUUCCACUGCCAGCGGUAGUAGCAGCAAGGAAGCACCUUCUUGCUCCUCCUCCUCCUCCUCUGCUCCGGCUACUCCUGAAACGCCCAAGCAACCCCCGCAACCACAAGUGCAAUCCAACACUUCAGCACCUCCGGCUGCUGAUCCAAUUGCCGAUACUCCCGCAAACUACGAUCCUGCUUCCGUCGUUGCUCCGCCGGCGGCAUUUCCGCCAGGCAACAUGGUUUGGGGAGAUGCCGACGAAGCCUGGUUCAACAUUUGGGGCCCGGGGAGCCCUGUGUGGGACGACAUCGACGGAGCCAACAGCUUUCUCUUCCCCUCCUCCCAACUCACCAGCAUCCCCGAAACCGAUAUGGAUUACCCGAACACCACUGUUCCUCCUUCCUCUUCCCCUUCUCCCUCUCCUCCCUUUUUUACGUGAAAGGAGUGAUGUGUUCACAUCCUCUUCUCUCCUCCUCUCUCUUCUUCCAUGCUUCGAUCUUCAUUCCGGAAAUUAGACAAACACAUGAUUGGCACAUUAGAACAGUUCACAGAUUGCAGAAUUUUAAUGGCGAUCCGUGAAACUUACAUUUGCAAGCGGAGGAGUAUGAUUUAGAGCAUGUAUUCCUCACUGCUGCUUCUCUUCUUACAUUCCAAGGGCCUUCCUGUUCUGGCUGCUUUUUUUUCAGGCCACAGAAGAAAGGACCUGCUUCUUGCUUCCCCAUUAAUUUCAUCUUUGAUCAUCUCUUCUGUUCACCAAGUUUAAGUUUUUAGAUUUGAUCAUAUCAUUUUAGUUCAAGAAUUAGUCACACACAACUUGCAUGGAUGAAUGUUGUAGAACUUCAACAGACAAUGUCCUCUUGCAUUUGCAUGUAGGUCAUGAAAAUGCAGACAGUUUUGGGGUUCUCCUUUCAUGUGCAGGGUUUGAUAUGCUUGUUAGGCAAUAGCCAGUAUGCUAAGCUUUUGUUAGUUGCUUGUUCCACUGUUCUUGUCAAUAAAAAUAUACAUAUAUAUAUAUCUAUAUAUAUAUAUAAUAGUUAAGUUUAUUUUUCUUUAACUCAUAUGUAAUGGCAGUGGAAAGUGUCAAUAUUAUUCUGUGUGAAUGUCCCUUGAUGGAU